ACACACAGGGGCCCUUCCUCACAUGUCCCCAAUGCAGACUGUCAAAUCGCGCAGCAUGUGAAGCCCCUGCUAGGCUGCAAAACUUUCUCUCUGGAUACUUCAUUAAGCGGCUCUAAAUGUGCCUGUCCUCCGGAUAAUAGCUACUUUCUUCAGUCUCGCCUCGUGUUUUUCCCUUCACAUUGGCUCAGAGGGCUUUUCCGUGGACUGACUGAGAUGGUGCAAUGCUCCGCGGGACAGCACCGCGUGUCUGCUGGAUGUGGAUCCUGCUCUCCAGUGUGCUGAUAUGGAGGGUUCAGAGCGCCGGUGCGCAGAGCUGUCAUGAGGUCAAAACCGCUUUCCAGCUGCGGCAGGUCGGUUCAUUGCGGUGGGUUCCGGAGACAGCAGCUACAGAUGCAGAUCUUCUCAUCUGUAAACACCAGGGUCCCACAUGCUGUACCCGCAAAAUGGAGGAUAGCUACUUCUCAGCUGCUCAGAGAGACACACUCCAAAACAUUCUCUCCUAUAGCUUCGAACUCAAGUAUCUCAUCCUGGGCCAUGCUUCUUCCUUCCAGGAUACCUUCCAUUCCCUGCUCUCGUUCACUUUAAAUCAUACCUACUCCCUUUUCGACACCACCUACGAGACAAUCUCCCAAGAUGCAAGACCAUUGGUGUCCACCCUCUUCAAUGACCUUGAUCUCUACCUUCGAGGCGAUGAUAACAUCUCUGUGGAACACUCAGUUCACAGAUUUUAUGACAAACUCUUCCCGUUGGUGUACCAGCAUCUGGUCAAUCCUGGCCUGGGUUCACCUGUUUCAACCUGGUCUGCCGAAGGAACUGAGUGCCUUCGUGCCACACGGCACGAUAUCAAUCCCUUUGGCCGUCACCCACAAGAACUUGCUCAGGGACUGUCCAAGGCACUUGUGGCUGGUCGUGCUCUCAGCCGGGCACUGGCAGUCGGUGCAGAUGUACUUAACAUCACAGAGUCUGUGGGCAUGGGACGAGUGUGUGGACGUGCACUAGUCCGCAUGUUGUUCUGUCCUCACUGUCGAGGACUGACUCUGAUCCGGCCAUGUGGAGGUCUAUGUCUCAACGUGAUGCGAGGUUGCCUGGCAGGCGUGGCUGAGCUGGACGCUCCCUGGCGACAUUAUGUAGCGCUUCUAGAGGGGCUGAGUGGGGCAUUAUCAGAGGGAUAUGAAGUGGAACUGGCACUUCUACGCAUCCGGGAAGGAAUUAAUGAUGCCAUCCUCACUGCGCAACUGCACGGGCCACAUCUUAGCGCCGUGGUUGGUAAAGUCUGCGGGUCCUUGACCGAAUGGGUGUCUUCCACUCCAGCCAAUUCGACUUCGGGAAGUUUGACUCCGUCAGUGAAUCCAAGCCUUGAACUCCAAACCUCAAUCAUAUCCUCCAGCCCUACAACACUGCCUGACACAGGCAACCAACACGAGCACUUAGCUCUCAAAAGAAGGUCUCUGCCUCUCAAAGCAUCCAAAUAUGACAAACCGAGGAGCCUGAGAAAGAUUUCAAAGGAGUUUAUGGGCUACAUCCAGCGGUACAAAUCUUUCUUCUCCAACCUGCCCGAGAUGCUGUGUGAGGGGGAGGUGGUGAUGGAUGAAAACACCUGCUGGAGUGGAGAAGACGUGGUGGAGAGCUAUACAGGCUACGUGGUGGGGAAUGGACUGCAAGCCCAGAAACACAACCCAGAGAUAAAGGUCAAAACUGCAAAUCCAAUCCUCGUCAGCGUGAAGGAAAAGCUAGAGCACUUCAACCAGGAGAUGUGGGCAGAGACGGGUUUGGGCACAGGUGGCACAGAUGUUGUGGAGUCCAGCAGUGCAGAAGGCAGUGGCGAGUGUGAUGAUGAAGACGGCUGUCAGGGUUCGGGACGUGGAGACGAGAGAGCGCACUUAACAACAGAAAACAUAAACAGUGUUCAAAUUCCAUCCCAGGAUGCCAAAAUCCCAAUCCAAACUCUUAACUAUGGACCCAAACAGAAAGUGCAGACCAGCGGAGUCACCCACAUCCCAGCCAUCUCCAUCAUCCUACUUCUUCCUCUUUUACAGCUCUUCCUGUGGCCCAAUGGCUUCUGACGCACAGUAAAAAGACUGAACGAUUCAAGCAUGCAUUUGCACUAGGCCCUUAGAAGUCUGCACAUUUAUCUCCUGAUCAGUAAGUUCUCCUGUCGGCCUCCCUCAGGAUGCCGCUGUUCAAAAACUGGAUAUUGGUUUUGCUCUGGCCUGUUUUAAAGGGGUUUUUAUGUAGCUACUAAGUAGUGAAGCGAGACUCAAGUGUGAUUGAUGUCCACCAACUUUGAUGGUUUGCUGUCGCGUUUUAUGGCACAGUUAUUUUGGAGCUUCUUUGAUAUAGUUAUGCUAGUCUGGUUUGAGACAUUUUGGAGUAACACGUAUCAUGGUCCGAAUUCAUUCACACUUCACAAGAUAAAGGGAAUGCUGUCUGUUUUCUUUAUUAAAUGUGUGAUUACUGUGUUAUUAUAUG